AUGGAAGGUUUUCUGGUGAACGCAGCAACGGGGGCACUGAAGGCUGUCACUGUGAAGCUGGAAACUUUGCUUGGUGAUGAGUUGAAGAACAUGAAAUACGUGCACAAGGAGAUCAAGUCUCUCUCUGAUGAACUUAAUUGCAUGCAUGCCUUCCUCGAGAAGAUGUCAGAGGAGGAGAAUCCUGACAACCAAGACAAGAUAUGGAUGACAGAUGUGAGGGAGAUGUCAUACGACAUCGAGGACAGUCUUGAUGACUUUAUGAUUUGUAUUGAUGAUGACAAAUCUGCUAAGAAGAAGAGCCUAAUGAAGAAGUGUACGAAGUUGCUGGAUAAGAUGAAGGCACAUAAACGGAUCUCCAAGGCGAUACAGGAAUUCAAGACACAGAUCAGGGAGGUGAGAGACAGGAAUCACAGAUAUAGGACUGGUGUGAUGACCACCAAGGAUUCACAUGAGAUGAUUGAUAUUCGGGCUCAGGCUAUCUUUAAGGAUGCGUCAGAGCUUGUGGCCAUUGAUGAACAAAAGAAUGAGUUGAUCAACUUGUUGAUAGAAGAUGGAUCUUUAUCUCAGCAUCAGGUGAAGGUGGUCGCCAUUGUUGGACUUGGUGGACUAGGGAAGACAACACUUGCGAAUCAAGUGUAUGAGUCACUUAAGGAUAAAUUUGACUGUAAGGCUUUUGUAACAGUAUCACGAACUCCUCACAUGUUGGAAGUGUUGAGAACUAUUCUCCGUGACAUUAGCGGGCAGGAGUACACCGGAGAUAUGCAACAUCUUAUCAGAAAGAUAUCCGAUUUCCUUCAAGAUAAAAGGUACCUCAUUGUUGUGGAUGAUUUAUGGGAUUCGAAAUCAUGGGAAGCCAUUCAAAAUGCUUUUAUAAAAAAUAGUUGUGCCAGCGGAAUCAUCAUAACCACACGUAAAUUUGAAGUAGCUCAAUCUUGCUGCACUUUACGUCGGGGUCACAUAUAUAAAUUACGUCCUCUUAAUCCCAAGAACUCGAGAACGUUGUUCCUGAAGAGAAUACUUGGUUCAGAAGAGGGAUGCCCAUCAGACCUCUCUGAAGUUUGUGAUGGCAUCUUGAAAAAAUGUGAUGGUUUGCCUUUGGCAAUUAUAGCAAUAGCUGGCUUGUUGGCAGGGAAAGCACCAACUGUAGAUGAAUGGAACAAAGUUCAAUGUUCAUUUGGUCAUGCACUUGAAAGGCACUCGGAUGUCAAUAGAAUGAUACAAAUAUUGUCACUGAGUUAUUUUGACCUUCCUCCCCACCUAAGAAGUUGUCUUUUGUAUCUAAGUAUAUUCCCAGAAGAUUAUAUGAUUGGAAAGGAUCGAUUGAUACUGAGAUGGAUUGCUGAGGGAUUCAUUCAUGAAGAGCAUGGGUUCACCCAAUAUGAGAUUGGGGAUAGGUGUUUCAACGAGCUCAUAAACAGAAGCUUGAUUCAGCCAGUGGAUUCAGGUUCUUUUGAUGUGAUUUGGUGUCGUGUCCAUGACACAAUUCUUGAGUUCAUUCUGUCCAAGGCUGUGGAAGAGAAUUUUGUAACUCUGUUUGGCCUUCCUAACAUAAGAGUUGAUCCACAUAGGAAGAUUCGACGGCUCUCUCUACAGGACAGGAAUGAGGUCAGUGAUGCCAUAGUAGACUCACGGGAGAAAAUAAUAUAUUAUCAUGUCUGUUCAGUUGUGGUGUUCCCUAGAAGUCUUGAUAGCCUCCCUUCUCUGCAGAAGUUCAAGCAUUUGCGUGUUUUGGAUUUAGAAGAGUGUUGGGAACUACAAGCCCACCAUCUGACACAUCUAGGCAGGUUAUUUGCAUUGAGGUACUUGAACUUUCGUAACACAUUCAUAGAUGAGCUUCCUGAAGAAAUUGUAGAGCUACAAUAUUUACAAACACUAGAUAUAAGGGGUACUUCUAUAAAAGAGCUGCCAUCCAGUGUUGGCUGCCUUUCACGGUUGGUCACUCUAUUAUGUGAUUCUUAUGUGCGGCUGCCAGAUGGAUUUGGGAAGAACAUGCAAGCAUUGCAGCAGUUGGUGGGGUUCAUCAGUGUCCGCUAUCAGUCACCUAGCUUUGCACAGGAGCUUCGUCAGUUAAGAAAUCUACGGAUACUAGAGAUAUCAUUUGAUGAUGAGGUGAGCAAAGAUUUGGUGUCAUCUCUGUGUACACUUGGUACGGGAUGCCUAAAUUCUUUGGUUAUAGGCUUCCACAAAAAGCAUAUGAAAUUGGUGAUGGAGCCAUGGAGCCCCACCCCGCAUGGCCUCAAGAUACUUCAAAUCUAUCGGAUUGUGGUCCCAAGGGUCCCUAGAUGGAUCGGUUCACUUGAUAACCUCCAGGAUUUGACUCUCUGUGUUGAGCAACUCGGGAUGGCAGACUUUGGUUUGCUCGGGAGUUUGAACGCUCUUUCCAACCUCAAUAUCUACGUAGAGAUUGAAGUUGCCGACAAAUCCUCCUCUUCCCAAGGAACACAACGGGUCAAGAUCAGCGGCACACAUGGAUUCCCAUCCUUGAGAAGGUUCGUAGUCGGUUCAGAAGACUGUGCAUUUGGGUUGUUGUUCGAAGGUGGAGCCAUGCCAAAGCUACAAGAGCUCUAUCUCGAGUUUGAUGACGGCAAAACAGGGUCUCUCACCAAUGGAGAGUUUGAUUUUGGCAUCCAGCAUCUACCCUGUCUUGCUCUCGUAGGAUGUGAUUACUUUAGAAAAUAUCAUGAUCCCGAGCAGCCCGCGUGGGUUGCCCUGGAGAAAGCGGCCAGCUCCCAUCCCAACCAUCCCAAGCUACAUCAUUUACCCUCGCCAACCCGAAUGAUUGUCGACGUCAGCCCGUUCGGCUGUCCACCAUCUCGAUCACGCCGUCUGCUGCCACGCACGUCUAACGAGCACGGAUGUUGGUCACGAUCCUCGGCAGUUUCAGUGUUUCCAGACAGUCUUAAUAGCCUCCCAUCUUUGCAGAAGUUGAAGCAUUUGCGUGCUUUAGAUUUAGAAGGCUGUGAGGGACUACAAGCCCCACCGUCUGGCACACCUAUGCGGUUUAUUUGCACUAAGAUGGAUUCAGGAACAUGCAAGCCUUGCAGAGGUUGCAAGACAUCACAGUAUGGAGUCAGAUACCUAACUUCAUGCAGGAGCUCUGUCAGCUAA